ACCCCUGUAAUACGAUUCGAUGCCGCUCCAAGAUGGCACCCAGUUGUGGGAACUGUUGCGCGUGUGUUGGUUCCGUUCUUUUCGAGUAUGACACGGAAAAAAUCGUGCAUAUUAAAAACAAGAAAAUAGGAAUCAUAAACCGAGUUAUCCAGCUGGUGAUUAUCGCAUAUAUUAUUGGAUUUGUUAUUGUGUACAAGAAAGGUUACCAAGAGUUUGAGUCUCCAUACAGCUCCGUCACAACCAAACUAAAAGGAGUAGCACUCACUAACCUGACAGGUGCCAAUCUUAGUUAUUAUGGCAGAGAGUUCUUGUGGGAUUCCGCAGAUUUGGUUAUACCACCUGAGGAAGAGGGUGCAGUUUUUAUGAUGACGAACAUGAUCAUUACCCCUGAGCAGUCGCAGGGUAAAUGUCCCGAGGACCCAUCAGUACCUGGUGCAAGGUGCACAGCUGAUGCUGACUGCCCACCUUUGCAGUCAACAUCCACAAGUCAUGGAGUCAACACUGGAAACUGUGUACCAAGUACACACAAUAUGACAGUGAAGACAUGUGAAUUGUAUGCCUGGUGUCCUAUUGAAAAUGAUGUGACGCCUAUGCCAGGAUUUAACUUAAGCUAUGGCAUGCCUCUUCUUGACGCAGCCAAGAACUUUACCCUACUGAUAAAAAACUCUGUGCAGUUUCCUAAGUUUAGCGAAUCAAGGCGGAACAUAAUACAAAAGAACGACAGUCAUUUGAAGUCAUGCAACUAUCAUCCUACCUCAGACCCUUUGUGCCCUGUGUUUAGACUCGGCACUAUGGCGGAGCUAGCAGGAGUUAACUUUGAGAAACUGGCCUAUAAGGGUGGUGUUAUGGCUAUUGUCAUAACUUGGAACUGUAACUUCGACCCGCUGGCCUAUCACUGUGAGCCCAAGUAUUCAUUCAGAAGACUUGAUGAUGACGAAUCCCCGAUAGCCCCAGGCUACAACUUCAGGUUUCCAAGGUACUACAUCAAGAAUGAGACGCUCUACAGAACGAUUGUCAAAGCCUAUGGGAUUCGCUUUGUGGUUACCGUGUACGGCAAGGGCGGCAAGUUUAGUGUUAUUCCCCUGUUCUUGAAUAUCGGCUCAGGUUUGGCAUUACUUGGAAUUGCCACGGUACUUUGCGAUGUGUUUGUGCUGUACGUCUUGAGAAAAAAGUAUUUCUACCGAGAGAAAAAGUAUUUGAAUGUGGAUGACAGUGAUAAUGAGAUGUCUCUGUUUCAGAAAGCUGACAAGGUGCACAGCAAGAGAGGUUAUUCGCAACUGAGCGACAAUGAAGGAGAAAUGAUGAAGUGAUGAAAAAAUAGAAAAAUGUAGAUUACUGGGAUUUUUAAUAUUCCGUAUACUCUACUCUGGCCGACGAUUUUAAACACCUUAAUUGCCUUCUGGCUUUCGUCAAUCAAAAUCCUUGAAGUGUUUUAUUGGCCAGGACUGAAAUGGUUUCCAUUUGAGACACCUCUUUAAAAAAGCGCUGAUCAACCAAAAAGCACCUAAUAUUAUUCCGUUAGUUUGAAUAACAGAAGCCCCAAAGCGAUUUAUCACUUGGAAAUUAGUGACUAGAGUUAUAGCAGAAUAUUGAAAGUCACGGUUAUGAAACCCUGAUUCUGGGUAAAACAACGUAUCUGUCAUGUCAAUUCUCGCUAUUGCGGACAUAUGUAGAUUCAUAUCUGUCCACUUAAGUAUAAAAAGAUCCUAGACAUUGCCUUAUCUGGACAACAAAGAUUUUGGGAGAUUUAUUAUUUCUAGACCACAUGAGGGAAAUACUUAUCGCCCUUUUCACUUGAAAAGGCUGUAUGAAGCAUAAAAUAGACUAAGAUAAAUUAUGAAAGAAUAUAUAUUAUUGACCGGCAUUUAAUAAAAAAAUUUUCCACGUC